CCUCUCUCCCAAUACUUUAACUUUUCACCGCCUCUUCCAACAUCUCCACAUUACUAUAUUAUUAUAUUCCUCCUAAAAAGUAGAUAAUUAAAAUGACUGCAAAACCUUAUAUGCAAAUAAAUUAAUUAUUUAGAGAAAGAGAGAGAAAGAGAUCCAAUCUAUCUCUUGCAUUAUAUUUUUCUCUUAUUAGUUUUAAUUCUAUUAGGUUUGAAACCAUCCACUCAUAUAUAUAAUAGCCUUCCUCAUUUCUACUCUUUGGUUUUCUUUCUUAAUCACAUAUCUCAUCAUCAUCAUUAUCAUCUAAAACAACACACAGCAGCAGUGUCCUUUCUUGAUCAGCUAGCUUGUCCUUUUCUUUUCUCUUCUCACUGUCUUAUAUAUAUAUACCAAUAAAUCCAGUCAAACUAAGAUCGUCAAGAGAGUUUAUAAUAAGCUUCAUCCGAUGCUUCCAAACAUGGCUGAAGAUCAAACAACUAUCCCAAAUGGGUUUUCCCAAAUUAGCCCUAUUCUUGAAGGAUCUACUAUUAUCAACCCUCCUCCAUUGAAGAAGAAGCGAAACCUACCCGGCACUCCAGAUCCUGAAGCUGAGGUGAUAGCUUUGUCGCCGAAGACUUUAAUGGCGACCAACAGAUUCUUGUGUGAGAUAUGUGGGAAAGGGUUUCAGAGAGAUCAAAACCUUCAACUCCAUAGGAGAGGGCACAACCUGCCAUGGAAGCUGAAGCAGAGAAGCAGCAAAGAGCCGAAGAAGAGGGUUUACGUUUGCCCUGAGAAGACAUGCGUCCACCACCACCCUUCGAGGGCGCUCGGAGACUUGACUGGUAUUAAGAAGCACUUCUGUAGAAAACACGGCGAGAAGAAGUGGAAGUGUGAGAAGUGUUCCAAGCGAUAUGCCGUACAAUCCGACUGGAAAGCCCACUCUAAGACUUGUGGAACUAGAGAGUACAAAUGUGACUGUGGAACUCUUUUUUCACGGCGAGACAGCUUCAUAACUCACAGGGCCUUCUGUGAUGCCUUAGCUGAAGAAACAGCAAGAGUAAAAGCAGCCUCAGACAUGAACAUAAUAAAUCCAAUAAUGGGAGCUGCUGGAAACCUUGGUUAUCAUUUCAUGGCCACUGGAGGACCAAAUAGCAUGACACAGCAUUUUCCCUCUGUUUUCAAGCCAAUAUCAGCCAAUGAUCACGAGGCUACAGCCGCAAGAAGCCAGCUAUCUCUAUGGAUGAGCGGACAGGAUCAAACAAUAAUGGCAUCCUCAAACAAUAACAAUGCCUACCACGAUCAGAUUCGUCAUCAACAUCAGCACCAUCAUCAACUCGGUUCGUCAGUGAGUUCAGCAAGUGAAAUGUUCGGUACUACUGACAACCCUCUUGUGUCGUGUACUUCAUCAUCAAAUCAUCCUCCACCGUCCGAUUAUCACCACCAUCAGCAGGAGCAGGAGCAGCAGCAGCAACAGCAGCUGAAUUGGGUUUUUGGAAGUGGUACUUCUACUACUAAUAACAAUAAAAUCUCCUCAAACAGUAUUAAUAACCCUCCUCCUCCUCCUCCUCAUCAUCAUCAUCAUCACGAAGAGCUCACCAUGACCACUUGCUCGCUUCCGAUGAGCAUUACUGUUAACAAGGAAGGAGCCGGAGCUCAGCUGGUUAGCGUUCCUUCCUUGUACAGCACCCAACUCAGUACUACUAAUUCACAUCAAACACCUUCGGCAGCUGCGGCGGCCAACAUGUCCGCCACGGCUUUACUCCAAAAAGCUGCUCAGAUAGGAGCAACUUCGAGUGUUGACUCAUCUUUCCUUGGAAGUUUUGGGUUGAAGUGCAAUAGUAGUACUAUAACUCAAGUCCAAGAUGGGAACAAUAUUAAUAAAUCGUGCGGUUUGUAUGGCUCUACCCCAAUAUCGAGGGUUGGCAGUCAUGGUAUUCAUAGUACUAAUAACAAUAAUAAUAGUAAUGUGGACAACCCAGAAGGUGAAAUAUUCCAAAUAUAUCCUCCGGCGGCCAAACGGAGGUUUGUUCAGAUGAGUAGUACAGAAGAUCAGGCAGGAGGACAAACUAGGGAUUUCCUAGGCGUUGGCGGAGGCGGCGGCGGUGGCGGAGUGCAAACGAUUCGCCACCCGGCUGCAGCAGCAUCAAUCAACGGUUGGAUUUGAAUAUCUCUCCCUAUUGAUCAUAUCAUUUAUAUGUGGAAAUAUUUCCAUUUGCGAUAGUAGAAGAUCAGUAGUGUUUGUAAUUUUAUUUUUAUUUUUUCUUUUUUUUUUCUUCAAUGGAAAGCAAAGUUGACAGUGGUGGAAAAAGAGAGAAAGAAAGAUUUAAGUAAUGGGAAACUUUGCAGGAUUGAAAAGGUGGGCAUUGAGUGCUUGAUGGGGACUAAAAAGUUUGUGCACAUAUAUAUAUAUAUUUAUUAAAAUUAA